UAUUUAUUUCAUUGAACACGGUACCAGUUUACCACACAAGGCCGGAGGCCACUUUAUUAUAAAAAAGGGGGACGGUUCGUACGCAACUAUUAUGCUAGAAUCUUGAUGGAGAACCAAGAAAUCAGUGAUAAGAUGGGACAAGGACGUGAACGCCCUGAAGAUAAUGAACCUAUAAUCGUCACAGAAAAUGUACUCGAUCAACAUUACGAGUACUUACGUGACCCCUCUGGAUACACAGUUUAUACCAGACGAUGGUUUUUGUUGUUUGUUAUUGCAGUCAUCAACUUCACAAAUGCAAUGCUGUACAUUUGCACUGGUGCUAGUCUGUUCGGCGUGUUGCUGUCCACUUUCGGCGUGUGUAGCUCUGUUCCUCCAUCCCCACCCAGCCCUAGCGCCGCUGCCCAAUCGGAGCCUUUUUUCCUUGGAAUCAAAAAGCUGCGGAAGAAUUUUGCCUUCUGGAUGUUGGCGUUUAGCAUGGGCGGUGGCUUGGCUCUUUUCUCAGCGUACACCACGUUCCUGGAGCAGAUUCUGUGUCCUCAGAACUACGACAAUAGUUUCGCUGGCCUGUGUGGGGCUCUGAUGAUCGCAGCAGGAGCUGUCGGGGCUGUCAUCGCCGGCGUGAUCGCUGACAAGACCCGCAAGUUCUCCGAAGUGACCAAACUGGGCUUUGUCUUCAGCAACUUGGCAGGCAUUGCUUUUGUGCAGCUGGCCCGGUACAGAGACUUGGAGUACCCUGUGGCCAUCUGCAUCACUCUCUUUGGGGCGUUUGGUUUCGCUGUGUACCCCACGGCCCUGGAGUUGGCUGUUGAGGUUACUUACCCUGUUGCCGAGGCAACCAGCACUGGUAUCAUUUUCAUCUCCGGUCAAGUGCAAGGCAUCGUCCUGAUGAUCAUCUCCCAGUACAUCGCUCAGCCUCUGUCGCCCCAUGCAGCCUCAUUGCCACAGGCCUGUCCCAGCGACGGAGAGUUCGAUCCUCAGGACUGGACCAUCCCCAACCUGCUUGGAAACGGCAUGGGAGUCCUGUACACAGUAGCUAUUGUGCUGCUGUUUCGUGCGGAGUACAAACGCAUGAAGGUGGAAGACCGGCACAAGAUUGAGCAGACCCUUCAAGGAGAAAUAGACAGUCCUGUCAGGAGUUGAUGGAAGCUGAGUCUUUCUUAGCUUUUAUUGAAUUAUUAUGAGGAGAUGCGUUUAUACCUUGGAUGAAAUGAAAUCUGUUACAAAGUC